CAUUUAUGUCUAAAGUGUACAGUCUUACUAAUUUUGCAUUUGGGUAUUUUGUGGUCUCUGUACCGAUGACGCCCGGGAUCUUGCGGUUGUGAUAGCGGGUUUGAUAAUCGUGAAACCAUUUUCGAUCUCAUCUGAGUCUGACUGGGUUCCCCUCAAAUCCAAGAUGGCGCGUCAUCACCCAGCUGUUAAUGUCGCGACGAUUACUGAGGAAGAUGUGAUCGAGGAGGAGAUUGGGGAGGAUGGCAUGGUGGAAGUGGUCGCUGUCCGUGAGAGGCAGAGGCCGGAAGAGGACAGGAGGAGAUCCCACGACCCUCCCGACGGCGGCGCUGACGAGGGGCACGAGAGGCGAUCGAGCGUGGUCAUCCUCGAACGCCCCAACAGCCUGGUGGAGAAAGACGUGGACGACACCUCCCUCAACAGCUCCCUCUUGAGCGCCCUGGUCCUCGCCUCCGCCUCCGCCAGCUCCUGCUCAAGCUCCUCCUUGAGGCGCUCCUCCUCCACCUCCUCCGUCUGCUCCGCCACGUCGUCCUCGGAGAAGCAGAGUUCGAGUCCCAAGUCGAAGAGGACCGCCUCCAGGACGGCUGGGAGGGCCAUGGGCUAUACGAUGAACCUCUCGGGCAAGUUCGUCACGGAACUGACCUUGUUUGACCCCAGCGAAGGCCCGGUCAGGACGUCCCACAUUAACCUGGGCGUUUUCUUAGCCACGGACCAAGCCAUGGGAGACCACUCAAUUUACAAGGUGUCGCCCGUUUCACCCCUGGCUCUGCUCAAAAUUAAGACGCAAGACAGACUGGUCCGCCUCAACGACAUGCCCGUGGAAGGCUGGUCUCACAGCAGCGUCAUCGACUUCGUCAGGAAUCUUACUCUUGCCGACAACGUUACCUCUGCGCCCUUACCUACUGCCCCUACGCCCGCAUGCACACCCACGCCCGCGACGAAAGGCGGAAGAGGAAGAGGGAAAAUAGGAGGAGGAAAAGCAGGAGGAGGAGCAGGAGGAGGAGUAGGAGGAGGAGCAGGAGGAGGAGGAGGAGGAGGAGCAGGAGGAGGAGGAGCAGUAGGAGGGAAAUUGUCAAACGACCAAGUGGUACUUGUGCCGUUUUCGCUGGAGUACCGCCGGGCAGGGAAGACCGUUCGUUCCACCGACGAGGCGCCCACCAGCAAGCGAGUCGAGGCGUUACUCAGAGUUCGACGGAAGAGAGCCACAGUCGAUUCGGUCAAGGAAUCCGAGGUCAGAGUCAGGCACGAAAACGAACACAUCAUGAGACUGAGACUGAAACAUGACCUUCCCCUUUAUGUCAAGGUCACCGCGAGGCCGAACGGGGUCAUGGCCUUAACGACGGGGGAGACGGAUGCUCAUGACGAAACAGUAUGCUUCAUGCUUCACCUGUUCACGUCCUCCCCUGCCUAUGCUGAGGGCGGGCAGGUCGUGGUGUUGGAGACGGGCAAUGCAGGGGGGUUUGUGUAUGCUAAUUCCCCUGCAAGCAUUGGCAUAGUGCAGGGCACAACCGUCCCAGUCUCGGCACAUACCCAAGUGGACAUCAAGUUCUUCCUGAUGCAAAGCGCUGUGGGCAGUCCUUUCGUCUCUUUGAAAAACCUGCUUACUGGUAACUACUUGUCAGCUAGUUUAGAGGGCUUGAAGCUAGUACGCCAUGACAACACCAAGCCACUUCCAGACUCCUGUCUAUUUCAAGUCCAUUACUGCCAGCACUAGAUUCCAUUUCCUGUGUCUUAAAAGAUUCCAAAAAAAUACAUGCUUGUAUAUGUACGAGAGGAGAUGUUAGUUAGCAUGACUUUAUAUACGUUUUGUUUGCAUUGUGAGAAAGGUUUUGAUUAAUUUAAAAGUUGAUUCUUGCCGAUGUGGUAUUGCAUAAGGAUUGAUAUUGAAUAAAUGUUAUAUUUCACAUGAACUGAAUGUUGUUCUUGCCCAUAUAUGUAUGACAUUUUAAAAAAUUAUUUAAGAAACGAAGAAAGACCAAUACUCUAGAUGAAA